GGGCACAAACCUCAGAAAUUCAAAAUCUAUCCGAAUGUGAUUAUGGCAAUGAGAUACACUGAACGCUUGGAUGAGUAUUUCCCCGACUGGUUGUGGAAGACCAUGGGUGCAACAUAUGAGCCAUUCGACCUGAAUAUGCCAAAGGCUUUACCAGUUGAUCGCCCAGUACAUGUUUACGUAAACGAUCCACCAAUUACUAAUACUGGUGACAUUCUUGCUCGACUACUCGCUCGAGGCAUGUAUGCAACUGGCUACGUUCCAGAUAUUAUCUACUGUACACCAGCCCUGAGGUGUCUUCAGACGGCUCACGCUGUCAAACAAGUUAGCGGAACCAAAGCUUUAAUAAGAGUAGAGCCUGGAUUGUUUGAAUGCUUCUCGAAUUAUCCGUUGGGCCUGCCUAAAUUUGCAAACUCUGACCAACGAGCUCGAUUCGGUGUUGAUGAAAAUUACGUACCUCAUACUAAAUUAGAAAAUAUUGUUGCCCACGCUCAUACCGUUGAUAUUGCUGCUGGAACAUUUAUAAGGGAAAUGCGACUGUCAAAUGAUUCUGAGCUAGCUGUUGCUCCUAAAAAAAUACCGCAUGGAAGCUUAUUGAUAAUGGAGCGUGUAGAGGGACGAAAAGGAUGGUUACCAAACUUGUAUGCUGUUCCUCCAGUGAACUAUCGUGAUGUCACUACACAAUUUGAUGUCGCUUUCGUAUUGAGAGAAGGUACAGAACAUGCAAAACAUGAAGAAAAGUCAGCAGCUACCGCUAAGUGA